AUGGCUCUUUGCCCCGUGGCACAGGCGGGCCAUCCCGACAUGUACGGGCUCGGCAUCCGCCUUGCCUUCUACAUUCAGUGGAUCGGCCUUAUCAUCGUAGAAUACCUCGACGAGUCGGAACUAAUCGUCAUCCGACUCCUCGGCCUCGCCCUCUCAGCCGCCGCCUUCAUCGGUCUCCUGUUCCAGGCCCCAGCAAAUCAUCUUACCCUGGCUGAGGCUUACCUUGUCCUCCUCCUCGCCAUGAGCAUCUACAUUUUCAUGAUACCCAUCUAUCUUUGGAAAGCGGCAACACGCUUCGAUCCGUACUGGGACCCGCUCCGCUGUACGGCAGAGAAGAGAAGUCCUGCGUUCAGGAUGCUGAAUUUCGUCUUGUUGAUGGCCCUCAGCUGCCUCGGCAUAUGGUAUUGGUGUGCCUUCGUCGCCAAUCGACAGCAAGACUGCGACGAUUACGGCUUCUUCUUUAGCCGUGUCAGCGUUCAGAAUAAAGCCUUUAUCGCGUUCAACGCCAUGAUAUCCUUCAUUAUCCUGUUGGGAUCUCUGGGUCUCCUUGUCCUCAGGGCCGGAUGGGCAAUGAACGUCUUCGAGAAAAGAAAGAAGGGCAGGAGGAUUAGACGCGUCCACAAGGCAGCCCUUCGAGGGGCCAAGACGUUCAGUAACAUCACGGUUGCCGCAGUCCUCAUAGCGGCAUCCGAACUCACCAUCUCUUGGAAUGAGCUACCCCGCGCCAACGACAUAGCAACCGUCGCUCAGGUUAUUCCUCUCCUCGUCAGUUCCGGCAUCGUCAUCCGCGUGAUCUUCCUCUAUUUCGCCCGCACACAUAUGGAGCUCUCGGAAGAGCUGUGGCUCCGGCUCGGCUCCCCGGCCCCGGCCCCGGCCGCCGCCGCCACCACCACCACCACCAGAAUUUUACCCUCCACCUCCACCUCCGCCGGCUGCAAGGGGACCUUUUAUGCGCCCUCCUCCUCCGCCGCCUACAACUCCUCCUCCGCCGUGACCGACAGGAAGAUUCCUGUGCGAUGCAAAAAGAAGGCUCAGAAUGUUUGGGUCGGUUACCAUGCUGCUCUGGUGACCCCGCAACCAGCACCAUCCCAAAGUAAACAAUUUAACCUCUUCGAGCUCAUCGUUCCAAGCCAUCAUUCCCCUGAUCAAGACCACAAUCGCCGCCUCCCUCCUCCCGCCCACUCGCCCGCCCUCCCUUUUACCUCAAGGAACAGAUACCGCGAAGUCAUGCCUCCCCCGAAAUCUUCCUCGUCCAGUGCGGCCAAGGACAAGUCCAAGGUCCACAAGCUGGCUCUGAAGGGGAGUGCCAGACUUGUUGCCGAAUUCUUCCAAUACUCUAUACACUCGAUCCUAUUCCAACGAGGGGUAUACCCUGCCGAAGACUUCAUCGCCGUCAAGAAAUAUGGCCUUAAUAUGCUCGUUUCCGCCGACGACCAGGUUAAGGCAUACAUCAAGAAGAUCAUGUCCCAGCUAGAUAAGUGGAUGGUCGGCGGCAAGAUUUCCAAGCUCGUCAUUGUCAUUACGGACAAGGACACCGGCGAGCACGUAGAGCGGUGGCAGUUUGACGUUCAAAUCUUUGGGAAGAGUUCUUCAAAAUCAAGGUCAUCCUCUAAAGCUGCCGAUCAAGAAAAUCAGGCCCCAGGCUCCGACAACCAGCCCCUCGAAAAAUCCGAAAAAGAAAUCCAAGACGAAAUCGCCGCAAUCUUCCGCCAAAUCACCGCCUCCGUCACCUUCCUCCCCCAACUCGCCGGCGACUGUACCUUCAACGUGCUCGUCUACGCCGACGCCGAUUCCGACGUGCCCGUCGAGUGGGGCGACAGCGACGCCAAGGAGAUUGAUAACGCCGAGAGGGUGCAGCUCAGGGGGUUUAGUACGAGUAAUCAUAGGGUGGACACGAUGGUCAGUUACCGGCUUGCCGAGUAG